AUAGUCUCGGUGCGCAGCUGUAAGCUAGCUGCUUGCGCUCAUAAAGCACUUUUUCAGAAUUAUAAUAACAGCUAGAUAAAUCUUGUUCCUGGUCAUAUCUGUGAACACGCAACAGAACCCAACAAAUAACAUUCAACAAUUCCAAUGCUGUUUAAACCACUAACGUGAGUUAGGAAAGCUCCCUAACAGCCUGUGAUACAAUUAAAGUUUUACGUUGCCUUUAGCAUCAGUUUACUCUUUGGUUAAGUACUGAUGCCUACUUGGUAGGUUAAAGUUCAAAGGUCGUGAGCCUUGGCCUGUAAAUUUUAUAGCAACAUGGCGGCUCAACUGUUGCCACUAGUGAACAGUAACAACAAUCACGGCAUUCCAAUUCUGUUCUGUUAUUCUGUUUUCGCUCGGCCAACUUCUGUGCCUCUUGGAGCUGGCUACGAAGUAUUAAUUCAGAAGUUUCUGUCAUUGUAUGGGGAUCAGAUUGAUAUUCAUCGAAAAUUUGUCAUUCAGCUUUACUCAGAUGAAUGGGGGCAGUACAUAGACCUGCCCAAAGGGUUUGUCAUAAGUGAAAAGUGUAAACUGCGGCUUGUUCCUCUUCAGGUGCAAAUGACAGUCUUGGGGAAUUUGACACCUUCGACCACUGCAUUUUUCUGCUGUGAUAUGCAGGAAAGGUUCAGGCCAGCUAUCAAGUAUUUUGGUGAUAUUAUUAGCGUAAGCCAGAGGCUGCUACAGGGUGCUCGGAUUCUUGGAAUUCCUGUUAUCUUUACUGAGCAAUAUCCUAAAGGUCUUGGAAGUACUGUUCAAGAAUUAGAUCUGUCAGGAGCCAAGCUUGUGUUACCAAAGACAAAGUUCUCAAUGGUGCUGCCAGAAGUAGAAGCUGCACUGGCUGAGAUUCCAGGAAUUCACAGUGUUGUCUUAUUUGGUGUAGAAACUCACGUAUGCAUUCAGCAGACUGCCUUAGACUUGAUAGGGAGAGGUCUCGAAGUCCACAUUGUGGCUGAUGCUACCUCAUCAAGAAGCAUGAUGGACAGGAUGUUUGCACUUGAGCGGCUAGCUCGCACUGGAAUCAUAAUAACUACAAGUGAGGCAAUUCUUCUGCAACUGGUUGCUGACAAAGACCAUCCCAAAUUUAAGGAGGUUCAAAAUCUGAUCAAGGCAAGUGCGCCAGAGUCAGGGCUACUUUCCAAAGUCUGAAGAGAUUACAGGAAAUAUCGCGUCAGUAUUGAGAGAGAGCGAACUGCUUUAAGUGCACAGAAACACUGGCAGCAUUAUAGAAUGAUGAAAAUUAAUGUCACCAUUUUAUCUGAGAAGCAGCUUGAUUAUGCUUUAUGGAUACUGGUGUGUUUGCCAUAAUGUGUGCUCUUUUUAAAACAUAACCGGCUUUUGAGCACUGAAGAGUCUUUAUGUUCUGAAUGGUGUCAGAAAGUUGAAAAAUGAGUGGUGCCUAACCAGUGUUAAGUAGGUAAUCAUAAAGAGAGUUCCGAAAGGUAAUUUAUUGUGAAAUAUUAGCUGUCAGCUUUACAAGCAUUACUGUAACCUAACUCUUACAUUGAUGGAAGAAAGAAUGCUUAAAAUUUCUUUGUGGUGUACUGUCUAUUUAACUGCUUUUAAAUGUGUAUUAGCAGAAAACAUUUGCUACUUUGUCAUUUUUAGAAAUGUUUUUGACAUUAGCAGUGGGGAAUACCAGUUUUUUUUUCUGUCAAGUUUAGAAUAAGGUAAGUUUGUGUGGUGAUCUAACUUGAGUAUUGGCUGCACAUUCAUAAUUCUAUUAUGUAUCUUGUGCCUAGCAGAAAUUUAUAUUGCACUGGUCCUGUUGUAAGUGAUUUUGGUAUGCAUUGUUUAUAAGUAGUGUAGUCUGUGAUUGAUUCUUUAAUGAACAAAGAACUAAAACUGCUUAAGAUGUAGAAUGCUAUGUACUUGAUAACUUUCAUCUCAGGCAGUAACUAGAUUUGUUAUGUUCAUGUCCCCAGAAAGAUACAAGCUAAAUACUAUGAGUACAAGAUCAAGUACUACUUUGUAGGACAAAUCAUGUUUAUGUACAAGUUAGUUUGUAGGAAUGAUUGAAGUAUCUAUGUCAGAGUUUAGUUAUGUAUGGAAAGAUCCAUCUUCAAGAGUAAAACUGAAUUUAAUUUCUAAUUAUUCCUGCAGAUCUUUGCAAAGUAACUGAGACAUGAAUGUUCAUUUUUGUAAAUUAAAUAUGCUGUAUCAUUAAGGGAUAAAUCCACAUCCUUUUACAGUUUACUGUUAAAAUGCACAUUUGUUUACAGUUUCAUAAUUUGUCGUGACCGAUGUCUUGCUAUUGUGUUUUUGUGCAGAUGUACUGCUUCAGUUGGUCAAAAACAAUAGGAAUUUUGUAAUUUUCUUAGACAAUGAGUAACUAUUUUGGUUAUGUGAUCCUGACAUAAAAAGUUCAGUCUUGGAAUCUGUAGCAUUAUAUGCAAAGAAUAAAUUCACAGCAACUGCAAAACAAUUUAGUAUUAACACUGGACCUUCUAUGAAUGCUUUAAAGUAAUAUUUGUGCACUUAGAAAAUAACUUAUUUUGUUACAGACAUCAAUAAAAGAAACAUAAUAUGCA